AUGGACGCUGCGCCCGAGUCUCCGGAGCCCGGGCCCGCGCUGCCGGUCCUCCUGGUGGCUCCGCAGGCCGAGGUGCUGGAGGAGGUGCUGCGGGAGCAGUUCGGGCCGCUGCCCCAGGUGGCUGCCAUCUGCCGGCUCAAGCGGCUGACCUCGGGCGGCUACUCGUCCACGGAGGACCUGCACUUGGUGCUGGAGCGGCGGCGCGUGGCCAACGCCAAGGAGCGCGAGCGGAUAAAAAACCUCAACCAUGGUUUUGCCAAACUGAAGGCACUCGUGCCAUUUCUUCCUCAAAGCAGGAAGCCUAGCAAAGUUGACAUUCUUAAAGGUGCAACUGAGUACAUACAAGUUCUCAGUGAUGUUUUGGAAGGAGCCAAAGACCUGGAGAAACAAGACCUAGAGGAGCAAACCUAUAGCAACGAUAUUUCUGAACCCCACAUGUCCUUGGCUAGAGAGCUAUCAAGAAACAUCAUCCAGCAUACCAGCUGUGCCAUUGGCCUCAAGAAUGAAGAGGAAGGGCCCUGGUCAGAUGGUGGCAGUGGUGAGCCAGUAUGUGCCUGUUGCCAGAGCAUGCCGCCUGUGACUGGAAGUUACUUCACCGACCAGGAGUCUGGAUAG